GCCUGAGUUGUUUUGAAGGGUUAGCGGAAGGCUUGCACGUGCAGGCGGAAUAUUCGCACGUGUAUCUCACGUGCACAGGCCUUUUCAGCCUGAGAGCAGAAGCUGCUGGGAUCACGAGCCCUCACGUCUCUACUUGUAAUCAUGGCGAUAGACGGUUAUGCUCUACCGCCCGAGAUAUGGCUCCACAUUUGGUCCUAUUCACCUCGGCACCAUCUGCUGCGACUGGUCCUCGUUUGCCAAUUGUUCCGGAGCCUUCUCCAGCCCACUGUAUUCCGGCAGAUUGAGCAACGAGCUGCGGGACUUGAAUCGAGCAUAGACUGGAUUGCGCAUACGCAGAAAUUUUGCCGCUCGGCGUCUCGAUAUCGGUGGAUAUCACAGGGUGCGCUAUGUAGGGAGGUGGUGACAAUGACCUUCUCGGGAACCCAUCGCCUGGAGACUCUGCCGCGUCGGUUUCCGAAUGUCAAGCACAUUCACCUUGUGCAUGACAGCUAUCUCCGGGCCUGGAAUGCGUUCAAGGAGGCCCUCCUCACUUUCAUAAACCUACACAUCGUCUCCCUCACCGCUGUACCUGUCGACACCUCAAUUCGCACAGCUCUAUCAUCGAUUCCCAGGCUCAAGACUUUGGAACUGGGGGAUUGCAGCAUCACGGCGCAUGACGGACCCCUUCUUCCCCUUACGGAACUGGUCAUCAGAGGCAGGAUCCUCGAUCCACGGGCCGUUGCAUCUCCUCUCCUUCUCGCUCGCGCAGAGACGAUCGCUGAAUUGAAACUGGCCCGGCGGUACGACGAGUAUGCACUGUUGCGAGGAUUCAUAAAAAUGCAGACAACGUGUGGCUCUCUCACUGUUCUUUCCCUCCCGUUCUUCGACGGCGAUGCACAAACGUUCUUUGACUUUCUCCGGCUGUGCGCCAAUGUCACAACGCUGAAUAUGGACAUGGCACCCGAGCGCGAUUUUGACGAAUCGUUUCCUGGCGAUGCAACGAUUCUUCCCGUUCUUUCAUCGAUCUCAGCACCUCAUCGUUGGGUGCGAUUCUUUGCGCCGGGUCGUCCUAUUACCUCAUUGGAUCUUUCUGACGUUAGCUGGAGAGUGAGCCUGGAUCCAUGGGACGAAGUCCAGCGCACACUGGGCAUCCUUCUUGCUUCUGGAGCUGAGCUACGGAAUCUAUCUCUUUUUGUCUUUACGCAAACUGUUCCAGAGGUGACAACAUAUCUGACUUCAUGUUGGCCGCACAGUCUGGUAGAUCUUCGUCUAACAGUCUGGGAUCUCUGUGGGUUUUACAGCUCUCGGCGUCAGCGUGUGCGACGAGCUUCUGAAGCUAUACCGAAGCCGAACCCGGACGAUUUCGAUAGCCGACUGGUGGAUUUGGACGGAGAUCAUCCACGCCCCGAUUCUCCACCACUUUCGCGCCCUUCCUCGCCAUCCGAGGGCAGCAUCAUCGUCGAGGGACCAGCGGCUUUCCAGCCGAGCGACUUUUCGAGAGAGGAUGGAGAUCGACGCCCCUUGUCUUUCGCGGCACGUCCCGAAUAUUUGCAAGAUUUCAGUCUGACUGAUAAGUUGCUCAACGACAGGAAUUGUUGAAUCUGAUUUGCGCCGCCAAAGUUCAUUUCCCGCUGUCUCUUCGCAGGUUCAGUUUGACCUCGGAACAUCUUUCCAACCGCCAGGAUGAACUGCCCCCCUAUGCUCUGUAUUCACGAGCAUUAGAAUGUGAUGCGGUUAUGUCACUCGGCCACUUGCUCCAUCAUCUUUCGUAUCUUCGAUUCGGUAGUACGCUGUCUUGGUGAAUUCGUCUGAACGGCUUUCAAAAUGCCUGGUAUGAUGGCAACGAGAGACUUGCCUGAAUUGGAAGUCUGCACACAGGCCGGGAAUGUAACAAGAAUUACGUCUAACUUUUGGCAAUCUCUGCAUGAUCAUCAACGCACGGUCUCGAUCGACAAGUAAUGCACCGACCGAUUACAAUAUGCGACCUCAACUUGCCCUAUCUCCCCACAUUUCGUGCAGCAUAUUGCGGUUUGGUCAUCUUAUCGUUACUGAAGUGGGGACAUUCGAUGAAUGGGCAGCGCUUGUGUUUGCUGUCUACAGCAAGUGCCCGCAGAAAUAUCUCGCGUAGCUUCUUGAUCUCUGCCGGGGGACGCCUCGUCAGACGGCUCAGCUGCUCGAUACCUCCACUCAGGCCGAUAUGUCGACUUGCCGGCAGCGCAAAUGGAUGAUCUCGGAUCGUAGAGGCGAUGAUAAAGCUAGCGGAGAAGACUGGAACUGAUCGCACCCGAGGCAAGGACUCAAUAGCGCUAGGAGCACGCACCGAUAAAUGCAGUGCGUCCGAGGAGGAUCUCAUCCAGCGCCCGUUUUCUCUCUUCCCCUAAUGAGCCGGACUCGGCCACAAGCACAUCCCAACCUGAUGUAGAGAUGUACGGCCGACUUUCCUUGCCCGACGCAUCCGAGAAGCUUGCCGCAAUGCUUUCGCAAAGCUCGAUGAGGUUGUCCGCAAAAUCUGCAAGCUGACCGACGCGCAUCUCUUUCUCGCACCAAAUACGUGCAUCGUGCAAGUGGGAAGAUGUCGCCGCGGCGCGCGUCAUUCCAUCCGGCACAUAGCGCCUUCGGUCCGAAAUGGUCGUCUGCUCCCAGUGCAUUGAAGCUCCCAUCCAACUGUCACGAGCGGCACAAUCUUCAGCUGCGUUUGACGGAUCUGGGCCCAUAGCGCAUCGCUCUUCCGCUUCUGUUCGUAAGGAUCCAAGAGAGUCAGUCCGCGGCUCAUGAUGUUGCUCAGCUGCUCGAGCUACGCGGCUUCGUUCGAGAAGCAGUGAGUGGGCAACUGGAAGACGUCUUCCCAGAGCGCGUCCCACCGAAUGGCGUUGGAAGUCUCGAAAUGGAGGAAAGUGUGCGGGGGUGGAACUGUCAUCGAGAGCGAGAUUGGAGAAGAAGAAAAGUUGGGUGGGUCACAGGGGGUUGAUUAAACUUGGGAAGUUUCGGCCUCAAAGCUAGCCACACAGCCACCUUGCCCUAUUAGUACAUGGAAUCCCAAUGCUCCUUCUGA